UUGCAGUGAAGCUCUCAUCCUCUUUUGGGUUGGGUCGCCGGUCGAGUAGUUCUACAGAUCUGCACUGUGCUUUACUUUCAAAUAACAAAAUGUUGGCAGAACUGCUUUUCCUUGGCAUUUCGCUUGUGGCGGCCUCCGAAGGAAAACAUUGGGCGCUUGUUGUAGCUGGAUCCAGUGGCUGGUACAAUUACAGGCAUCAGGCGGAUACAUGCCAUGCAUAUCAGAUUCUUCAUAAGAAUGGCAUUCCUGAUGAGAACAUUGUGGUUAUGAUGUAUGAUGACAUUGCUAACAAUACACAGAAUCCAACACCAGGCGUAAUUAUCAACAAGCCUUGGGGAGGUAAUGUGUACGAUGGGGUUUUAAAGGACUACACUAAAGAGGACGUCACUCCUAAGAACUUCUUAAAUAUUCUGAAAGGAGACAAACAAGCCAUGAGUGGAAUUGGCAGUGGAAAAGUGAUUGACAGUGGACCAAAUGAUCAUGUUUUUGUUUACUUUACUGAUCAUGGUGCACCCGGACUUAUUGCUUUUCCAGAGAGUGAGCUAAUGGCAAAUGACUUGAUAGAUGCCCUUAAUGAGAUGUCUGAAAAAAAGAAGUUCAGUAGGAUGGUGUUCUACCUUGAAGCUUGUGAGUCAGGAUCCAUGUUCGACAAGAAAUUGAAGGACAAUAUUAAUGGUAUGUCAGCCUGGGUGUCUGUCUGUAAAGCCCCUCCCUACUUUUUCUCGAUCACUUAUGUAAAUGACGUUGACUUGCAGGUGGAUCUGAAUAAAGAGUCGCUCUUAAAGCAAUUCCAAAUCGUCAAACAAGAGACAAACACGAGCCAUGUUAUGCAGUAUGGAGAAUUGGAUUGGGAUAGCGAAGUAUUGGAAGACUACCAAGGUGAAGGGAGUGGAAAAGGAUCUGGAAUUUCCCCAGAAGAGUACAAAGGGGAACCAAUUACCGAUGCUGUUCCAGUACCCGAUGUACAUCUGAAAACCCUUCAGAACCGCUUAAGGGAUACUGCAUCCUGGGAGGAAAGGCAAAAAAUCGUUCACGAAAUUGAAGAGUUGUACGAGCUGAAGGAAGAAAUCCGUAAAACCAUGGAAUUGAUUGUGGAGCACUGUGUGUCCUCUGAUGACCAGAAGAUGCGAGUUCUCAAGACCAAAGCUGAACCUCAAGACUUUGACUGUUACAAGAAGGCUGUAAAAACGUUCUCCAAGAACUGCUACAAUCUGGGGAAGAAUGAACACGCUCUUCGUCAUGUGUAUGCACUUUCAAACUUGUGCGAGGAGAACAUCGAAGCCGAAGUGAUUGUAUCUGCAAUUAAAGAACAGUGUGGAGAAGGAAAACCCGAUGGGUUACAGUUUUAGACGCUGGAGUGUGACUCUGAAACCAUUUGGUGUUUUUAAAAACUGUUUUUUUUUUUUAUGUUCUUAAAAUAUUAAACUUACUGUUGUAGGUAAUGCAUGUAUAGAAAGUAAUAUAGUUUUAUAGAUAGUUUUGCAAAUAGUUGUAACGUUAGAUUGCAUGAAUCGCUUGGUCCAGGGCUUUGGACACUUCAUGUAAGGCGCUUUCCAUUCAACCAAAAAUUCCAGAAAUUUCGAAACGGGUGCAAAUGGUACGGAAAUUUCUUGGAAGAGUUUACGGAAAAGUAGAAAAUUUUUAAAUUUCCGAAAUGCGAGCCAUUCAACCGGAAAUUCGGGAAAUCCUAGGAGGGAAAUCAAACAGAACGGAAAUUUCAGAAAUGUUCGAUAAUUUAGGUACGCCUUUCGAGUUUGUCCUCUUUUCUAAUAAUUCCGGACGAUGCUGUUCCAUUCGCCACUGCGAAUUUCCCUAAAUGCAAACCGAAAUUUUUGCUCGAAUGGAAAGUGCCCUAUCAAUUUAGCAACGCUAGUGAUCAUUUUAAUCAAAGUCUGUUAAAAACAGUGUUUGUAGCUGUUAUUGUUUUUAUUAUCAUUUUAAAAUGCUUGUAGAAUAAAAGGAGUUUGAAAUAAAGGUAUGUUUUUUGUUUGA